AUGUAUAGGAGCAGCUACUUGCAUGCAGUCCACAAGGAGAAGUAUGAACAAUCUGAGGCUUAUGAAGAACUUCCAGAAUCACCAGAAUUUGGUGGUCUUGCACAAACCCAAGGCCUGGAAAACCUGCAGGACCUUAGUGAACGGUUUGCAAACUACAUCAACAGGGCUCGGGUGCUUGAGCAGCGUAAUUCCAUCUUCCGCAAGCAGCUUGAGACGUUCCAACGCAUGGAUGAGCUGGUUGGAUUAGAAGAUGCUUUUGCUGCUCAGAUUGAUCUCAAUCACCAGCGGGUCCGUGACCUGGCCACCAACAGGUCUAAGCUGGAACGUGAGAAGAAAGAUGCUCAGCGCAUGCUGGAUGAAUACUGUAACAAAUAUAAAAAUGAAUGUGAAUAUCAGAAGAAGCAGAAGAGUACUCUCGAAGAGCUUAAUAAGGAAGCUGAUGAAGCUUUGUUGUGUAAUUUAGAACUCCAGAUUGAAUCACAGUUCUUGCAAGAUGAUGUAAACGCUACGAAAGACAGAUACAAGAAGAACCUCAUGGAAGUACAGACCUAUAUCAGAAAUUUAGAACAGAUUGUGGAAGCAACGCCUCAGAUGUCCACCAUCAUGGCUGGUGGCAGUGAGGAAAAGCUGAUAACCGAGAGAAGGAUUCCAAUACUUCAGAAUCAGUUAGAUGAAUACAAGGGCAUUUUUUCCCAGCUCCAAGGCCAGAAACUUAAGCUUCAGACAGAGACAGCAAUGCUGGAUCAGGUGAUUAAGGACACACAGCAGAGUUACAAUGAUGAGAUCCAUUUAUAUAAUGACCAGAUUGACAGUCUGAGAAAGAGCAUUGAAGACGCUGAAAGGACCUUGGAGAAAUACACCAACCAGUGUCGCCAGCUGUCCAUUUAUAAACAGUCCCUAGAGAGUGAAUUGGAGCGUUACAAACGUGUCAUUGAAAAUGAAGAUAGCAGAUUGAAUUCUGCUAUUGUUGGAACUCCAGCAACCCUGUUUCCACAGACCUACAGACCGCCAGAGACGCCACCUUUGAAAGGCACAGACAUUACACUGGUCAUGCAAGACAUUGCUGCUGCCAAGUUUCGACAAAGAAGCCUGCCAAAGAAAAUGUUUAAGAGGAAGGAGAUCACACCCAAAGACCUUACCAAUGGGUCUUCCUUAGAGAAAACGCUUGACCAGCCACAAGAAGGAUUUGACCAAGUUCCAGUGGAUUUCAAGCAUGAAGAAAGUGAACAUAGAUCCAAUGGUACGAAGGAAGAAAGUGAGCCCAGAAAAGCAGAAGAAGAUGUGCCCGAUGGAGCACAACUAAGCAAAGCUUUUGACAAAUUGUGCAAUAUAGUGAAAGACAAAGUCAGAUGUUAUCAAAGACAGGAACCUAGAACUGGGUUCCAUGCUAAAGGGUAUGUAGUUAUUGCAGAAAAAGGCAGCUAUGAUGACACCAGCUUCCAUUCUUUACCUAUUCCUUAUAAAGGUAGAGUCAUUGUUUCGGAUGUUGGUGGAAAUAUAUCACGUGGUAUGAAAGCAAUUCCAGAAUUACCCAGAUCUCCGGAACAUUGCAAAAGUGAAGUUGAAGUCCAUGAAAUGCGGGAGCGAUCAAGGAUGCAGAAAGACCUUAAAUAUGAGUACAAGCUGUUAGGCAAAGAGAAGGAUGAUGAUGGAUCCAGGGUCUGGAGAGAUCUUGGGAAAAAACAAGAAUUUCCAAAAGUGCAAUUUACUGGGGCACCGGAACCAUUUUCCACAUCAUGUCCAAGUGAACGAAAUGAAGAAGGAAUUUAUGUAAAGAAGCAAUGCAAGAAGCAGGAUGGCUUGCAUAAGGAAUUAGCUUUCCCAAACACUAUGAGUUAUGAGAAGGUAGAAAUGGUAGAAUCCAUAGAAAAAUUCUCUGAUGACAAAAUUGAAAGCUAUGAAGAAACUGCUAUGAUUAUGGAGACCAUGACUGAGAAAACCAGCAAAAAGAAAUUGGAAGACAAAAAACAUUAG